AUGGAGGGUGUGGAAACUGUGGAUGUUAGCUGGCUCCAUCAUUCGCAUAAAGACCAUUUAUCCCGCUGCAAAUCGGUCUCGUCCCUAGUCAGCGACAAAUCGAUACCGGACAGAGAAGCGACACCUCCGCAAUUAUAUGACCCGGAAAAGAAACCUCUUGCCGUUGAUGAUGCUCCAGUUUCCUCGCCCAAUCCCUCGAUAACACCCAAUGUGGCAUCACCCAAUGAGAAGGAAGGGAAGACAAAUGGCAAGGCAGUGGAUGCAAAACAGACAGGUUCUUCGCCGGCCUCGCAGAAAAGUGCCCCACGUCCAAUUUCGGGGCGGCGAAACUCAUGGAUCUCCAGCAUCAGCUCGAGAUUCUCCUCGGGCUCCACUCCUCCCUCACAAUCGAACAUGAAAGCACCACCCAGCACAAAAGCCACUUCUCCUGUAUCAAAGUUGGACACGCACAAUCCUUUCGGCGCAGCUUACUCGCCGAAGGAUAAGGAAGAGGAGCGCAAGGAUGAGAAUAGCCCCUUUGCUUCCACCUCCCCCAAAGGCCCCUCUUUCUUGUCGAAUGCCUUCCGCAAGCUUUCUUCCUCUGCAUCUGGUGGAUCGGGCAAAGUGGCCACCAGCGGCAUCGUUUGCCCGCGUCGCGUGAUGAAUAUCGACCAAGAUCGGGACAGAUGCAAGGUUGCUGAUCUCAACCAAGCGAAAUUGCGGCGGGUAGCUUUCUGCGUUGAUGUGGAGAUUGCCGGGCUAUCGUAUCGAGAGUCGGAUGAAGAGGCUCCCGCGGUUAGCAGCAAGCGUCACAUGGCUCCGGAAUUGAAUGGCUCCAAAGUGAAAAGGUCGAACUCGAAGUCGAAAGACAAAAAGGACAAGGACAAAGAUGAGACUGCCAGCGCCAAACCUCCGCAAGUGGCAACACCGGUCAAGGACGGUAACACCCAAGACCAAGCUGCCAAUGGCAUAGUCUCGGGUUCGCCCGAUCCAGCCGCCAGCGAACCCACGCCUAACGGUGAGAGCAAAGAGCCGACAAGAAAACAGGAAAAAAAGAAGAGAUCAGAAGAGGAGCGGAAGCAGCGGAGAGAGAAAAGACGCAGACAGGCAGAAGCGAAUGGUACAAUCCCUAUGCAACUAACUGCUGAUGGCGAGGAGUACGGCGUGCGCACACCUGCAUCUAGCACGAGUCGCCCCAAGACGCAAAGUCAUCCGACCACGGAUCCCGUUCGGAUUUAUCGACGCUGUUGUCAGCUGCGGGAAACGCCCGUGUUGAAGAGGAUAGUAGAUGAAAUAUCCAAACCGUCCUCCACUCUAGCGGAGUCUCCAGGCACUGUUGCCGUGCUUGACUUGAGCAAUUUUCCUAUGACCUCUGAGGACACGGUCACGUUCUGCGACUGGCUGGCUGUUGUUCCAGUUCGAAAGCUUAUUCUGGAGGAAUGUGCCUUGGCUGACGAUUCGGUCCGGUCCAUCCUCGCCGCUUUGCUAUCUACCCGAACGGUCGAGCACAUGUGGAGCAAACGGAAAAGAGGCAAGAAUACAGAGAGCCAGCCUUCGGAAAAGGAAGAGAGAUUCAGUGUGAUUGAGAAGUUGUCACUGAAGGACAACCCCAAAAUCAGCACAGAGGGCUGGCUUCAUAUCUGUCUUUUUGUCCACCUUUCCAAAUCUUUGAAAGCUAUUGAUUUAUCGGGCAUACCGCUUCCCAGGGCGGCCAUCCCUAUCAGUGCUUCUGGAAAGUUGGCAGUCCAGCCUGGUAGUUGCACUACCACAUCCACAGAGCUGACGGCUGUCUUUGCCAAAGCGCUUGCACAGCGGUUCGGCGGUGAUCAUCUCGAAGAACUUCUUCUCAGUGAAUGUAGCCCGACAAUUGAGGAUACUCAGCGUAUCUGCGACGCAGCCACCACUGUAGGUUUGAGGAGACUUGGAUACGCCAACAACGCGCUCUCAAGGGAGAGUUUGGAGCACGUUGUGCGCUAUUUGAAGGCUGGGAAAUGCGAAGGGCUUGACCUAGGCGGAAACCCAAUUCGGGACCAUCUCGACUUGAUCACCUCUGCUGUCUCUGAUGUUCACCCGCUCUAUGCGCUGAGCCUGGCUGACUGCUCUCUCACGCCCACUGCUGUUUACCCCUUGCUCCAGAAACUGGCGUGCUUGCCAGACCUCCGCUUUAUUGACUUUUCGCACAAUCCAGACCUGUUUACUGUCAAGCCUGAUGCAUUGCCAACCUUCAGGCGCUUUCUUCCAAAGAUGCCUGCGCUAAAACGGAUUCAUCUCGCAGAUGUGAACCUGUCGCCUGACCAGGCUAUUGCGCUAGCCGAGGUUUUGCCGGAGUGCCCAAGCCUAUGCCAUCUUAACAUACUGGAAAAUCCCCUGAUCACAGCCCUGGCGUCAGCAACUGAACCAGAGACCCAGGAAGAGGCGUGUGCGGUCUAUGCCUCCUUGAUGGCAGCAGUGCAGGUGUCUCGCACUAUCAUUGCUGUUGAUAUUGAGGUUCCAACUGCGGAUAACAAUGAAGUUGUCAAGGCUCUGGCUUCCCAGAUCGUUGCAUACUCCCUCCAGAAUCUUGAACAAGGUGCCAUGGCAGUUGAGCUUUCGGACUCUUUCGAUAUAUCGGUCACACGCUCGACCGUGCAUGUUCCUGAGAUCUUGCAGCAUAUUGUCGGUCACGGGGUUGGAGAAGAAGCCGUGGAGGAGGACGAUGAGCCGGCUCCUGACGAGGACUAUGUGAUUGGUGGUACCGGUGUGGUUAAAGCCUUGGGCGUAUGCCUUGGUAAUCUGGACCGGUCUCUGCCAGGAGACUAUUCUGGUCCUCCUAGUGGCACAGCGACACCUCGACACCGGAAAUCCCGGUCUUUGGUGACUAGAAAGCCCCGGGAUAUGUCCAAGAACCUGCUGGAAUCUGCACGCAACAUUCGGACGCGUAUACAGUCAGCUCUUGUCCGUGAGGAUAGGGCUGGUAAUGAUGACAAUUACAGACGUCUCCAAUUCCUGGAUCUCACCUUGCAGAGAAUGAUUCAGCGAUUCGAGGACGAAUACCCCGAGACGCGCAUUGUACCCCAGGCCAUUCCGUACAGUUUUCCGGAAACCAGCUCUCAAAAUUCCGGUGAAGACGGCUGGAAUGUGCCUGCUGGCGAGGGCACAUCACCUAAUGCUACGAAUGGUGAUGCUGAGGCAGCCGCGGAUGAGGAAGACGACCACUAUGCGGUCAGGCUGUCACGAGCGAGCUCGAUCACAUCCCUUCAUUCGCGCGCCAUGACCCAUGAGGAAGGCCACGUCCACCGUCUGGGACAGAAUCUCCGACGAGAUUUUCUCAGCCCGUCUUUUGACCCGACCGACGAUGAUCCGUCGUCUCUAUCUUUUGACGAAUCGCAUAUUGCCGCUCUACGAGAGAAGCUUGACCGGCUGCAUAUGGAGCAAAUGCAGUCAAACUUUGAGAGUGUGAAUGCAGCCAAAGCAUUAAAGGAUCUAGGCAAUACUGUGGACGAGCUCUGGGCUGCACAGAAACAGGAUUCGGAGGCCUUUGAGAAGUUUCGUCAGAGUCAAAUCGCGGCGCAGAUCAAUAGCGGCCAGAGAUCUUCGUCUCCGCCACCAGACGCACCAGGCCGCGCCUGA